CAAGGAGUUUAUUUCCUAUAUUGAUUUUUUCUCUUUUGCCUAACUAAAAAACAAUGAUUUUUUCUUCUUAAAAUUGUUUCUACUAAUUUCAUAAUUGGAGUGAAAGGCAUUAUUCUUCUGCUGUUCCUUUGGCUAUGAACUGUCCAGCCAUAUUUGGUUAAGUGAUGACCAUUUUCAUUCCUUCCAUCUGCUAUUAGCUAUAUAAAUCAGUUCCAGGUGAUGUCCUGAUGAGUUAUCCUGCUUCUACUAGUGCUUCACCUUCAAGUCUGAACCUAAGGUACUUUUGUUUUGGGCUUAAAGGGUUAGUAUUGGCAUCCAAUUUAAAGCCUGCAUUUAAUUGCUACUCCAGUGUUCCUUAUUUUUCCUUUACCUUUUCCCUCUUUGUUUCUUGCCCCAGAAUAUGGAGGAUGCUCUCUCUAAUUUUAUGGAGAGAGGCGAUAUGUAAGGAGCAGAUAAAAGCAAGAGAUGGGACUAUUGCUAGCAUGCCGGUUUUUAAGAAGACCAUAGUUGGGCAACUGGGUAUUUAGGGUUGUUGAUUUCCUAUUUGUGAAAGUCUACUGUGAAAAUCACUCUAAGCGAUGAGGGCUUUUGCACCAGCAUCCAUUUUUCCUAUUCCUAAGAAUCAGUCCAUACGUUGACUUUUCUUCUGGAAUAUAACUUGCAAGGGAUUUGGUUAUGGGGCAUAGACAUAUAUUUGGCACCUCCCAAAUGUUUGAGGGUGAAAAUGAGCAGGGUUGGAAUCAUAUGCAUCCUGACCAACCUUAUGCAAAUCUUGUGAGGGCAAGUACUACAGAACAUGGUUCCUUCUGUCCUUUGGAAAAUAUGUCUGUCGAUGCAGUGCAUGUUUCUCCUCACUGGAAUCCUGUCCCUAGGUCCAGUGAUUAUGCUACCUCAAGCCACAAUGUUGAAGCUCCGCAAUACCAAUCUGAUGCUUCAGGCCCAUCCCAUGAUCUUAUUUUGCAUCCAUCAGCCCCUGGAGCAUUUGGUGCAGCCCCUGAUAACUAUAUGCGUCAUGCUUCUUCUUCCGAUUAUGAUAGACAUUCUCUCCAUGGAAUCGACGGUGGUUUUGUUGAUCUCACAAUGGGUGGUGGUAGAGGGCCUCUCAAGCGCAAAAGCCCUGGAGUCCCAUCAGUCUGUGAAAGGGGCAGUUCAAGCAGAUAUGUUGGAGCUGGAAGUUCAUCUGAUCUUCCUUUAUCAUCUGACUUAUGGCAAGAGAAACCUAAUGUAGAUCCUCAGCACAUGCACUUGGAUCAUGUAGCCAUGCCCCCGAGCUAUAGAGGCAAUAGCCUUUCAAUUAGGGGUGAGGGUUCUAUGAGGAAUGUGAGAAGCCGUCCAGCUCUUGAUCUUGAAUCCAACCUAGUUAGGAACCAUUUAUCAAGCAAUCCUUCUCACACUUCCUAUUCUACAAGCCACCCAAUUGACCGCUCUAGCUCAGUGGUUCUCUCUGGUCAAAGCUCUAAUGUUUUGUCAAGGGAGUGGGAAUGGGGCCAUUUGAGAAUGUCUCCUAUUCAUGGAAGGAUUCAAGUUUCGGAUCCAGGUGUUUUUAAUCAUGAGACAAACCACUUUCUCGGUGGUAGCAGUGCUACGAAUUCUUCUAUAGAGGUUGAGGGGCUUCAGCAUGAUUUCAUUCCAGGUAGAAAUCCUGUUCUUCCUCAGAGUUUCCAUGGCAGCUCAACACAAUCUGUUAGGGGUAUUCGCACAAACUAUUCUCAUAGAUCUACCCCAGCUUUUAGGGCUUCUUCCAGCAGUGUACAAUUAGGACACGCGGGACCCCCAGAAGAGGAGAUUCAGAUCGUUGCUGGAAGUUAUUCCUCCAGACAUCCUCGGCCAUUAUCGGCUAUAACAUGGCGUAACAAUGACCGGAUUGGAAGGUCAAGGGUAUUUAAUGACAGAUAUCGACCUCCAGCUGAUGAUGCGGCUUUCCAUGAACGAUUUUCAUCUGAGGGUUUUAUGAUUGUGGACCGCUCAGUCUUUUCCGGAUUUAGAAAUAUGUUCGAUCAGCAUAGAGAUAUGAGGCUAGACAUAGACAACAUGUCUUACGAGGAACUACUCGCAUUAGGGGAAAGGAUUGGGAGUGUUAACACAGGUUUGUCCGAAGACUCGAUAUCCAAGUGCUUGACGGAAACAAUUUACUGCUCUUCGGAUCAAAUCCAGGAUGAGAUCUCUUGUGCGAUCUGCCUGGAAGAAUACAAGGACGUGGAUGACGUCGGGGCGUUAAAGACGUGUGGACAUGAUUACCAUGUUCCCUGUAUCAAGAAGUGGUUGUCAAUGAAGAAUAAUUGUCCGAUCUGCAAAGGUGCGGCUGUGGCCGAGGAUAAGGAGAAAUAAUAACUUAUAUUGUGGUUUACCAUUUGCCAUUAUUGUACAUAUAUAUAUAUAUCUAUCUAUAUAUAUUUAGACAAUUGGCCCAACAAAAUCAGACAUUGGUUUAACAAAUUUGUUGAAAACAAAGGGAAUUUUGGAUUACUUUUCAACCCAAAAUUGUUGUUGGCUGCCAUCUCAAUCAUGUGGAUCCUUUCAACCCUUUUUUAUUAUGGUUUUUU